CACAGAGUCUUUUCCAUCCAGUUGAUACAAUGAGCAACACAUUGAGAGAUUUAUUGAAAGAGAAGCUCGAUCAGCUUCAGUGUCACUUCACAUGGCGCCCACAGAAGGAAAAUAUUGACGUGGAAGAUAUGAUGUACAGAUUGCAAGAUUCUUUGACUUUGGGUGUAAAAUAUCAAGCCACAUCCUACAACCAACUCGCUUUUGUAAACUGCCUGCAAGGCAACUAUGAAGAAGCAAUUCAGAACUUAAAGGAAGCUGAAAAAAUUCUGAGGGAGAACCACAAAGAUGAAUUUGAAAGAAGAAGCAUCAUCACCUAUGGAAACUUUGCCUGGGUGCAUUACCACAUGGGACAACUGACCGAGGCCCAGUCCUACCUCGACAAGCUGGAGAUGAUCUGUAAACCGCUCACUGACGGCCCUCGCUAUACAGCAAUGAUACCUGAAGUGUACGGGGAGAAGGGAUGGUCAUUGCUGAGUUCUGCUGCUGAAUAUUAUGAGGAGGCAAUGGAAUGUUUUGCAAAGGCUGUGGAGGAAGAUCCUGAUAACACGGAAUGGAUCAUGGGAUAUGCAACUGUACUGUUUCGUCUAGAAGCAUUUUCUGGAACCCCGGAGAGUCAUGAACGGCGUCAGUCUGUGAAGCAUCUGCGUCGGGUGCUGGAGCUUGAUCCUGAUGAUGCUAUGGCCAUGGUGCUGUUGGCCCUAAAACUGCAAGAGCUCAAUGAAAAUGAGGAAGCAAAUGAAUUAGUUGAACAAGCAUUGCAGAAGACUGCUGAUCUUCCUUAUGUGCUUCGUUAUGCAGCAAAAUUUUACAGACAAGGGAGAGCUGUGGGGAAAGCAGUCAAGCUCUUGAAACAAGCAUUAGAAUUAACUCCACACUCUUGUUUCCUACACCACCAAAUGGGAAUUUGCUAUAGAAGGCAACUGAAUAACCACCGUAGCAGAAAUCCCUGCAAUCUUGAAUUUCAGCGGAAUGCUGAAUUGAUCAGUCAAUGCAAGUAUCACUUUGGAAAGGCAUUUGAGCACCGUCCAAGGACAGCUGUUAGACCACAAUUGGACUUUGCAGACAUCUGCAUAAAGAAUGGAGAGUAUUCCAGAGCAGAGGAGAUCUACAGUAAACUGGUGGAGUUAGUGGACAUUCGUCCAGAAAAUACGCAGAAAAUAUGUUUAGAGGCUGGAUUAUUUGAACUGCAUCAAAAAAGAUCUGAAUCAAAUGCUGUCAGCCUAUUCCUGAAAGGACUGAAGGUUGAAUACGAGUCAAAUGAACGGAAAAAGUGUCGCAAAAAUUUGGAAAAAUGGGCAGACAGGAAUCUUUGCAGGAAUCCACGUGACAGCAAGGCUCUUGGGGUCAAAGGGUUCCUGUAUCAGCUGGAUGAGAAUAAGGCUAAAGCUAUUGAAUACUUUGAGAAGGCCUUGGAGUUUGAUCCUGGCAAUGAGGAAUAUCUGAAUGCUCUUUCUGAAUUACGUGUUUGUGCACCACAAUGA